ACGACACGCUCCCCUUCGCUUGACCCAACCUCCAGCAACACUCCUUCCCCCCUCUCGCCCCCCAAGAAAGAAGCCAUGGCCUCGCCGACUGUCGAAGAGAUCCGCGCGACGACGUACGUCGGGUUCGACUCUAUCACGCAGCAGAUCGAGCAUAAGCUCUUGAAGCGCGGGUUCCAGUUCAACGUCAUUGUUGUCGGCCAGACUGGUCUUGGCAAGUCGACGCUCAUCAACACUAUCUUCGCGUCGCACCUUAUCGACUCGAAGGGCCGUCUCGAGGCGGACGACCCGGUGCGCCAGACGACGGAGAUUCAGGCUGCUUCGCAUGUUAUUGUUGAGAACGGCGUCAAGCUGCGCCUGAACAUUGUCGACACCCCCGGGUACGGCGACCAGGUCAACAACGAGAACUGCUGGGACCCUAUUGUGAAGUACAUCAAGGACCAACACAGCGCGUACCUCCGCAAGGAGCUCACUGCCAUGCGCGACCGCUACAUCCAGGACACGCGCAUCCACUGCUGCCUGUACUUCAUCAACCCGACGGGCCAUUCGCUCCGCGCCAUUGAUGUGAUUGUCAUGAAGAAGCUGAGCGAAGUUGUCAACGUCGUUCCCGUUAUCGCGAAGUCGGACAGUCUGACGCUCGAGGAGCGCGAGGCUUUCAAGCAGAAGAUUCGCGCGGAGCUGGUGUACCACAACAUCCGCCUGUACCCCUUUGACACGGACGAAAACGAUGAUGAGGAGAUUCAGCUGAACGAGUCGAUCCGGAGCAUGAUUCCCUUUGCCGUCGUCGGCUCGGAGUCGAGCGUCGUCAUCAACGGACAGUCGGUGCGCGCACGGAAGAACCGCUGGGGCGUGGUGAACGUUGAGGACGAGAGCCACUGCGAGUUUGUGCACCUGCGCAACUUCCUGACGCGGACGCACCUGCAGGACCUGAUUGAGACGACGGCGCAGAUCCACUACGAGGCGUUCCGGUCAAAGCAGCUCCUCGCGCUCAAGGAGGGCGUUCAGCGUCCGGCGAACCAACAGUAGGCGCCUAUCGUCGUCGCCCUGUGACAAUGAUUGGUCGCGUUGGCACCUGUCUCGUGAUGCGUGUUGGACCGCGCGAGAUGCGAAGCCGGCGGGGACGUGUGUGCAGUGCAGCUUCGAAGCUGUGAGCGGAGUAAAACAGGACGCCUCUUUUCUUUUUUCGUUAUUGGAUAUACCCACCCAUCCCCACCAUCUCACAUGGAGGAGCUUCUGAAUGUCUUCUGAGAUGCUCAGAUUCCCCAUGAUCCAUUCAGUCUUGUUCGUUCGCUUUUCUGUUGCGUUUUUGGAUUGAUAAUCGUGGUACCCGUCACUCUCACUCUCGUUUUCUAUAAUUUCUGUUUCUUUUUCAAAAUAUAGUUUUAGAACAUUGACUAGUUAACGCGCUACAGCC